AUGUACCAAAAGUCGAAUUCAUCACGGAAUCAGCCAAGCCAGCAGGACAUGUCUGCCGAACAUAGCCCUGUUCCUUCCACUCAGAGUCCUUUACAAGGCGCAUCAUUCACUUUUAACGGUAAUAAUGUUUUCCAGGCGCCAUUAAUAGUUGUUCACAAUAGCGGUGUAUCCUUUGUUGUUUCCCCCUCUCACUCAGAUCGUGAUGUUCCUGUUCCAUUUGGUGGUUCCACUUUUGGAAGCAGAAGUGCUGAAAGUGGCGAACAGAACCGCCAGGAUAAUGCUGAGUCUGUACCCAAUCGCAACACGUACAAGUGA